GCGGGGAGACUCGGCCCCAAAAGCGGCGGCCAUUGGAGGUGGCUGCGGCAGCUGAUGGUGGCCUCAUGGAUGAGCUGGUACAUGACUUAGCCUCAGCCUUAGAGCAGACAUCCGAGCAGAAUAAGCUUGGUGAGCUGUGGGAGGAGAUGGCCCUGAGCCCUCGGCAGCAGAGGCGGCAGCUUCGCAAAAGGAGAGGCCGGAAGCGCCGUUCCGACUUCACUCACCUGGCAGAACAUACCUGCUGCUACAGUGAGGCCUCUGAGUCGAGUCUUGAUGAAGCCAUCAAGGACUGUCGAGAAAUGGCCCCUAUUGCCAAUUUUAGUGACUCCGAUGACACAAUGGUAGCCAAACGGCACCCAGCUCUCAAUGCCAUUGUUAAGAGUAAGCAGCACUCUUGGCACGAGUCUGACUCCUUUACCGAAAAUGCACCGUGUCGACCGCUCCGGCGCCGUCGGAAGGUGAAGCGAGUGACAUCGGAGGUGGCUGCCAGCCUUCAGCAGAAGCUCAAGGUGUCAGAUUGGAGCUAUGAGAGAGGCUGCAGGUUCAAGUCGGCUAAGAAGCAGCGUCUGUCCCGCUGGAAGGAGAAUACUCCCUGGGCCUCCUCAGGUCAUGGGUUGUGUGAAUCAGCAGAAAAUAGGACUUUCCUAAGCAAAACAGGAAGGAAAGAAAGGAUGGAGUGUGAAGCAGAUGAACAAAAACAGGGCUCUGAUGAGAACAUGUCAGAAUGUGAAACCAGCAGUGUGUGUAGCAGCAGUGACACAGGGCUCUUUACCAACGAUGAAGGACGGCAAGGAGAUGAUGAGCAGAGUGAUUGGUUCUAUGAGGGAGAAUGUGUCCCAGGAUUCACUGUCCCUAAUCUUCUGCCAAAGUGGGCUCCUGAUCAUUGCCCUGAAGUAGAAAGAAUGGAUUCUGGACUGGAUAAACUUUCCGAUUCCACAUUCCUUUUACCUUCUCGACCAGCUCAAAGAGGGUACCAUGCCCGCUUGAAUCGUCUGCCUGGAGCUGCAGCUCGAUGCCUCAGAAAGGGCCGACGAAGGCUUGUUGGGAAGGAGACCAGCAUAAGUACUGAGAGAAUAGGCCACAUCAUUAGUGACCCUCGGCAGAAGGAAAAGAAUAAAGCAUUGGCUUCUGAUUUUCCUCACAUUUCUGCUUGUGCACAUGAGUUUAAUCCCUUGUCUCCCCUUUACUCCUUGGAUGUUCUUACUGACGCUUCUCACCGAAGAUGUUCACCAGCACACUGCUCUGCCAGACAGGCAAACAUACAUUUGGGACCCCCAUGUUCACGUGACAUCAAGAGGAAACGGAAACCUGUGGCCACAGCAUCUCUGUCCAGCCCAAAUGCAGUUCACGUGGAUGUAGCGGAACCAAGCACGCCAGCAUCACAGGUCCCAAAAUCUCCAAACCCCGAGUGGUUGGUCAGGACCUCUGCCGCAGAGAAAGCCACUGACUCCGCUCCAGCUACGUUUUUUAAAAUGCCACCAGAAAAGAGCUCCGGAUACAGCUAGAGAGCAGGAUCCCGCCCACCAGGAGCCCACUGGGUGCUGUGAAACGCAUCCUAAACUUGGUAUCACAGAAUCUCGCAUAUCAUAAUUGACAUUCCCAGGAUGUCCCUUCUUUCAUACAAAGCAGUGGACUCUUUCUCUUACGAAAUCAUGUGGAAAUCUGUUUUUUUGGUCUUCUGGUUUUUUUUUUUUUUUUUUAAAGUAAAGCAUUGCAGCAGCAAUUUAAAAAAAAAAAAAAAAAAAGAUCAUCCUAUGUUGCGUUUGUUACAUUGCUGUUGUAGUCUCCGCAGCUUCCUACAGCCCUGUGUACAGAGCUGUUGCUUUUAGCAGCUAUGUCUCUUUUCCUGAAAAACUAGUAACUGCUUUUGCAUACUUUUUAUGUAGAGCUUUUAAUACCAUUUGAGGAAGUCCCAAAUUUGUAGCCAGUUCUGGACAGAUGUAAACACUGAGUUGAGACCUGUGUGUGGCAUUGUGUUUACACGAGAUAGAGUUUGCCUUUGAGCCUGGUCUUGAUUCGCUGAGAGUGCCAUAAGCCAAAUUCACCACGUUCUCCUUUGGGAGCCUCAGAGGAGACUCCAGCAGCACGGACAGUGGGAACUUCCUCCAUUUUCCUAGACAGCCUCGUGGGAUCUUCGGCGGCGGGACUGUACUUCGCCGUGUCUCCAGAGUCGCUCUUCUCCCACAGGAGGAUGUGUACAUUCAUGCUGCAAUGAAGAAGUGGUUGAGUUGUUUUGCAAACUUAAAAUAGUCAGUGGAUCGUGUCUUAAUACUUCGUGUCACAGUGUAAGCUUUUAUGUACGAAAUGGGACUUUUAUUGUUAGCUUAUAGGUCAAUAACCUGCAGCAGAAAUCCACACUCUAUUAUAAUAAUGGCUUCUCAGGGCCAUACUUUGGGGAGAAAAAUGUCUUUUUGACACGCCUUUAUACUUGGUGUGUUUAUGACGGCUCAGCUGCGUGUGGAGUUAUAUAUACGGCUGUGCCUGAAGUUGGAUGCUACUUUGUCAAAAUGAGGAAUCAGUGGCUGCCUGAGCUGCUGAAGAAAAGCCGCCCUUUCUGAAGUAUUAUCGUGAGUGUCAUUUGGGGGCCUGGUUGACGGAAGGGUUCUUUUUUUGUAUGAAUUGAGUACAUUCGCUCUGAAAUACAGAGAAACUGUUCUCUAAGUGCCCACUUCUCUGGCAACAUCCCAGAGGAACUCCCAGCCCUGCCUCUGGAUAUUUUCUGUGCUUGAAUAGGUGCCGAGUGGGACAGAGCCUCCUUUCCCCGAAGUGCAGCUGUCUCUUUUCCUCGCACAGAACGUGGGGGGGGCUGCUCCGUUGUGUUCCCUUUAAAAAUGAUAGUCCUUAUGUAUCAGUGUUUAACUCCAGGAUUUCCUUGUUGAUGCUUGGGUGUGACUCUGUUUGGGAGGGGGGACUUGAAGCUGAUUUAAAUGGCAGUUUCUGUAAGAAAGUUGUUCAUAACGAGGAGUCUGGUGGAGGGAGGAGCAGGUGGGAGAUUAGGAGGUGAGGAGUAGCAUUAAAGCCAACCCUCCAUCCCUGGGAGCCACCCCUGGUUCUCCUGUCACCCCUUGGGGCUGCAUCCAGGGCAGUACAGAAAAUAAAGUGCCUAUUGAAUAUGAAAUGGCACUACUAUAUUGUUUUAGUGAUGAAGGGGGGAUUUUAUUAUCAUAUGUGCAUUAUUGUCAUAUGUGCAUUCUUACCUAGUCCCCAUCGUGUCCUGAGACACAUUUCUAACAUAAUUUGUUGGAUUUAAGAGAAAAGUACACGGGCAUAAUUUUAUUUUCUUUACACUAGGCUCUGGCUCUUGCAGAGAUGGGUCCUGUGAUCAUGUCCUAUUCAGAUCUCCACAGUGCAGAUAGCAUCUUUUUGCCUGGCAGUUCUCCUAUCUACCUGUGAUUACAAAUAACUUAUAUAUAUGACUUUAUUUACAUUUUUAACAUCUCUAGGUUGUACUGCCAUUUUAGAGAGACAAGAAUGGUCAGAGAGUUUAGCGACUUGCCAAAAAAAUCACAUGAUCAAGCCAAUACUAAAAUCCCAAACUUCCAGACUUCCUCUGCCCUGGGUUAUAAUCUUUUGUUUUCCCUUAGUAUAUCUGAGUCACUCUGAGACCCAUAAUUUUGAAUCCAUGUGUCAUGAAUGUUUAUCAUCUUUCUUGGGCAUGCUUUUCUACUUUGAAUACAUUCAGUGGGGAUUAUCCAAAAAUGCCAGAUAUGCCUGUAAUAAGUGGGGAAGAAAAUUAAUUGCCUAAGAAACAGCUAUUAAUACUUUGCAACACAGGGUUGUAAAUUGUGCUCCUCAUUUUAAGCUGCUGCAUGAGCAUGCUGACAGAAUUAUUAACCAACUUACUUCGCUUGUUUUCUGUAUGAGUCAAUUCCAGAGGAAUAACCUUAGAAUUGAGUGUUUUUUUGAACCAUAAAUUUUAAAUUUCUUUUUUAUGUAGCAAAGUGUAUGAUAUCAUACAUUGAGUAAAGUCUCUUACCUUUUAACGAAAGAUAUAAUUUCAAAAUCAGGUUUUGUAGGCUCUUAAAAAAACUGAUAGCAUGACUUCCUUUGAGAAUAAUCAUGGAGCUCACAUGUGUUUUAUCUGCCUAAAAGUAGUAACGAAGCUGAGUUCCACAGUUUUUAUGUAUUUCCAACUUCUGAUUCAUCCUAGCUGGCCACACAGUCUGCCUGUCUGAAUCCUAAUCUUCUGCGUUUUCCACAAGGAGCAAAAGUCAAGAUAUUAUCCACUUGUAUGAACAUCAUUCCUAAAAAUCCCUAAAAAAUUUUUGCUUACAAGGGAAUUUGAGAUUAUUUUUCAGAUACAGCAUUUUAAAGGAAACAAAUUCAUUUGCAUCAAAUGUCUUGUGUUGCUUUUUGGUAAGACCUGUGCAGAAGAGAGAAUUAGCUGUUUACAUGGUGCCAAAUUUAGGAGAGGCAGAGUGUGGUCUUGACUGAGUGGUGUGUGCUUGAUAAAUAAGGCACAUGUAACCUUGAAUUCUUUUGAAAUCAAAUGCAGUUGAAAAUUUGUUUUGCUGGGCUAUGAAACAGGCUGCAAACAAGGCUGUUUUAGCAGCAAAAUGACCAAAAGCUGAAAUAAAAUUUCUUAUUCUCUGGUGCUGGUGGCGUCCUUUGAUAAUGAGUAAAGCUCCACACUGACAGUAGGUAAUUAAACCACUUACAUGAUUCCCAUGUAGAGGACUGUGACCUAUCUUUUUGCUUUUUGGCAUCAGAGACCCAGUCUAGACCACAGUAUUGGAAGUUACGGAGCCUCAGAGGAGCAGAGCCAUCACAGACCUCUGUCACUUGAAAUUGAACGAGAGAAAGGAGCGAGGCUGGCAGUGUCAGUGCUGAUGCCAUGGCCUCUCUGCUUGGGCUCCAGGUGAUGUUUGGUUCAUUUCAGGUCUUUUUUAAGUUUGGCCUCAUUACUGUGGUGUGGGCCAUACACUUUUGUUUCCUGGGGACAAGGCUCUGUAGAAGUCUCAGCAUCAGGAGCCGCAGUCAGUAUUCCCUAAGUCUGGUGAACCUUUUCUGGGCCAGCGUGAGAACAGAAUGGCUUACUCUAGGGACUGUGGAUGCGGUCUGGUCGGGGGCACAGUUUACAGGAUCCGUCAUGAUUCGCGGGGUGGCAGGCGGGAUGGUAAAAGGAGCUUGCUCUUGGUGUCAGCUGCUUCCUUUGUUAAUGCUUGAGCUGUCUUACUUGUCCAUGUUUCCUUAUCUCCCGCUCCGGUUGUGCCAGCUAGUAGAGUUACUGAUGGUGGAAGCAGUCAGGAUGGGUUCCUACCCCAUCAGGAAAUGGCACAGAGGGAGGUGAGGGGAUCAGUGGGUUCUGCUUUGAUGGCCCAGAGAUGCUUUCACACUCCAUUAAGAUCCCCAAACAGACAAAUGCCAAAUGCCUGGAAACAGCAACAUCGAAAAGAAGCAAGGAAAAUGAAUGAUUCACCGAAGAGUGUGGAUUGUAAGGUUCUUAACAAGCCUGACAAAAUAAACUUACUGCCAAAAGGAGAACUUUUCCUGCCACUGCAAAUAGAUAUGAUAAGCACUUACUAAAAUUGCCAAGUUUUUGGAAUAAAAGCUCUUCAACUACAAUAUUGAAGAAUGAGGCAGAUCCCAAAGAUGUUGACCAGGGAAAACAAUCUUGGCAACGUCCAGAAGUGAGAAGGCAUGAGGAAGAGAAGGGAAGAUGCUCAGAGCAGGGGUGUUGGGGCCCCUCAACCACCAGCAGCAGCACAUACUUACCCCACCAGACCCACUCAAUCAGAAACAGGGUGGGCCCGGCAGUCUCACAAGCCCUCUGGGGGACUCUGGUGCAUGUGGACAUUUGAGAACCACAGGCUUUGCUGAACCUAAAUGUUUUAGUAUGUUGGCAUCCCCCUAUAAGCUCUGAGGUGCACUUAACAUUUCCCUCCAUCAGUAUAGAUAUGUUUUGUAUACGAUUCUUUGCGGCAACUGUUAAUUAAUGUCUUUAUUUCCCAUACUUUUUCCCUAAAGCUCCCAAAAGAUCAGGAAAUACUGACAAAGAAUGAUGUGGAGAAAAUUGCCGUCAAGGCCAUAUUUGGAUGGAUGGAAACAACCUUUAAAGUGAAUUAAAAUGUAACAGUGAA